CUGCCUCUUCUGUAAAGCCCUCUCUCCCAAAUUGAGCAUUCAAUUGUCGUUGCGACUGAACUGUAGAGAGAGAAAGGGAGAGUAGAGUUCGCUCAGAUUUGGAUCGCAAAAGUAUGUCGGCACCUGAAGCUCCUCUUCGCUAUGUUGGAAUCGAUCGGAAUUCUGCCGCCUUCCGCCUCAUGAAACAGAUGGGAUGGGAAGAAGGAGAAGGGCUUGGGAAAGAAAAGCAAGGGAUCAAAGGAUACGUCAGGGUGGAGAACAAGCAAGACACUUUAGGUAUAGGCACGGAGAAGCCAAAUGCCUGGGCCUUUGACACCACACAGUUUGAUAGCAUCCUCAAGAAAUUGAAAGUGCAAGCAAUUGAAAUUAACAAUGAUGAAGCUGAUAAAAAAGACAAAGUGAAAGCAGAUAAACAGAACAAGGCUCCUAAGGACAAUCACGAUGCAGCUGUUAAAGUUACUCGACCACAAGGAAGGUAUAAGAGAAGAGAGAAGGGGAAACUUGUCCAAGCAUAUUCUUCUCAGGAUCUUGAAGGAAUACUUGUAAAGAAAGUAAAGUCUCCUGAUACAAGUCACGAUGACAAUGUAUCAAAGGAAGCAGAGUCAAUGGAAGUCCAUGUUCCAGAUAUUGAUGUUAAGGAUCAAGAUAUUCCCGCAGAGUGGUGGGGUCAUAAACAUGGGUUCAUCGCUGGAGGUAUGCUUGGUGCUGAAUCUCGGAGAAAGAAGGCCAUUCUCUCUGAAAAUGGCAAAAAUUCUAACCAGAGAGUGACAUUCAAUGAGGAGGAUCAAGAAAAUCUUUACAAACUCGUACAAGACAAAGCCACCACUGGAAAACAAGGGCUUGGUAUCAAAGACCGUCCAAAAAAAAUCCAUGGCUGCUUCUUUGAGGGGAAAAAGACAACUUUUGAUGACAGUGAUGACGAGGGUUCUUCUGAUUCCCGUUCUUCAGUGAAAAGGAAACAAGUUGAAAAUGUAGAGAUGGAAAAAGACGAUGAACUGAAGCCAAAGCUAAAAAAAUUAUGUAGAAGGCUUCUUCAGCAGGUGCCUGGGGAGUCUUUAAAGCUGAAGCAGCUCAAAGCUCUUAUCGACGAGCAUUCACCUUCUACUUUUUCCAGCUUUACAUCUAAGAAGGAAGCGCUUACGUUUCUUAAACACAAGCUCGAAGGCAGUGACAGGUUCUCUAUAGAAGGAAAAAAAGUGUCGAUCUCUUCAAAGUGACCUGACCAAUUUUGUCACUCCACAUAGCUAUACCUGUAACGGUGCAACAUUGCCAUGCAGUAUUUGUAUUCGUUGAUAAGGUUGCAGUCAAUUUAAUAUUUUUUCUUUAUUGAAUUUUGUCUCGUCAAUUAUAUUAGCUUGGGAAAGUUCUUGGAAAUUUAUAUUAUUUAGUGGAUAGAAAUUGAUUUGAGAUGAGUGAGGUUGUGUACGGAAUAGGAAGAAAAUGAUUGAGAUUUUUGAUGUUUGGGAUAUACAAUGAAUGACUAUUUGUGUAAUUUUAGAAUUAUUGUUUUGUUGUACCAAAUAAAAGGGUAGAAUAUUGGAUUUCUUA